AUGCCAGCCCGCUCCCAGGGGGCUGCUCCACACAUGCUGCCGGUGGCUGGAGCACCAGCGAAAAGUUCGAUUCAAGAGCCAGUCGUCCCGCAAAACGGGGUGUCUUCCAUUGUUGAAAGUACUGGUUAUGAAACUGUGGCGAAUGCAACCUGGCAGACGAGUCGUCGUGGUGGGGAAAAUGGUAUUUCUGUAUGCGACUCUGCGUCAGACGACUUCAAGAGAUCCCUUCGCACCACGUCUUCUUGUCCCCUCUCUUGUACCACCCAUACGCCUUCACCGACCCGCAACUGCUUGCACAGCGGGGGCACUCCAAGUAUCUACUCUAUAACGAACUUCGUUUCUCAUUGUACCCCCGGUCAAGCAGCUGCCGUUUCGUUCCCUUCCUCCGAGAGCAGCAUGUUGCAGCCCGAUCUGGCCCAACCUCCGGGACUUGCAUCUCCGCCCGGCCUACACACGAGCCCUAUCGCGGGAAUAUCUGCGGAAUCAACCUCAGACGGAUGGCAGCACGGUGCGUCUGACCUUCAGACCUGCUCGGCGGUGGCCCCAGUCAACGCCGACGCGCCUGCCGGCGAUCCGGCCGAGGGCGUCGACGUCGAGGUGGACAGUAUCACCCCAGAGCGUUCUGAAAGUGACCUGAGGUUCUCGCAGGGUCGGACAGGGCGCAGCGGCUCCCGGGAAUCCCAGGAAGACAACAGUCAUGUUCCUGCCCCCUCCCGGGCGGGAGCGGAGGAGUCACAGGUUGCCACCGCAGGUGUGGACGCAAUACCAUCCGCUGAAAACAAAGCUGCAAACGGUCCGCGGCGGAGUGCUGGGAGAGGGGCGCGGGCGAAAAGGGCCGCCCGCAGUUCCGCGGGGGCGGGCGCACCAGCGGGACCGGGUUCAGCAGGCCCCAAAAUGGGGGCACCGAAGACAGAACAGGAACGCAUCCGCAAGCUGUACGACCCUCUUUGGAAGGAGACCGAGCAAGAGCUUCAGCUUGUGCUUGCACAAGGACUGCCGGAAGUUAAUACUCUGACGAACCCUCCGGUGUACCUGGAUCUCAAGCAACAGCUGUUAAAUGCCCCCUGCACGCCGCAGAGCUGCUCUGCGGACGACGAGGAUGAAGGAAGCAAAACGGACAGUGAAGAUGCUUCGCUGAACCCGCUGAAGCGGCUCCUUCGAGCCCUGGGCGAAGGCUCGAGUCUACCACUCUCCUCACUUAUCGUCCAAGUUCAGCGAGUGCUGCGGGACGACAGUGACGGGUCUCCGACGGAAGAGGUGACCGACGAGACGCUCCGGACACUUCUGCCUGUUCUGCUGGCUCGACGAAGUCUCGGGAUUUCUCGCCAGCGUGGAAACGGUCCCAUUGGAGGCGCGGCUGCGGCGGCCAUAGGAGACUCGCCUGAUUCAUCGGGCUUGCCGAAUCCAUCGUUGUCUCAAGCGUCUUCCCCCGCCCGACGCGCAGCAGGCGCGAUCAACAUGGCCUCGCUCGGGUCCCAUGUCACGGACAAGAAUGAGGAUGUGACGCCCAGCUCCCUCUGGGUCUGGGAAUCGGCUUUCCUCGAGGGACUGCCUUCUGCAUUCAAGGAGAAGACCCGGAGAGACCGAGAAAAACGCGGGAUGAUAUCCCGCAGAGUGCGGAGCCUCGUGCGCCUCCAGCAAGUCAUAGAGCAGGGGGUGGAAAAGGACAUUUUGGCUGCGAAGGAGAAGGCCGAGGCCUUGAAAAGAAAGGAGCAACAAGAGGAGGAGAAACGCCGCGAGCAGGAGCUGCGCCGUCGGCGAGCAGAGGAAGCCCGCGCAGAGCGCGAGCGCGAGAAGCGCCAGAGAGAGGACGCGAAGAAGGAGAAGGAGAAAGAAAAGGAGAAGAAGAAGCAGAGUGUCGAGGACCAGAAGCAAUCGCCUCCUCCCAAAGCGCCGCAAAAGACAGAAAACAAGAAGGUCCUGAAAGACACGCAAGCCGUGAAAGGGCAACAGAUCUUGAUGGCCUCGUGGCUGACUCGGAAGCCUCCGCGAGCGUCGGCCUCGCCUCCCUCGUCGUCGAGCCCCUCCGCGGCAGCAGCCUCAGGGACAGGGGCGCUCGCUGAAGCGGCAGGAACAGGAGCCGCCUGCGACGGGCCUGGUGGCGGAGAGUCGUCUGCUUUCGGCAGGGGGCCCUCCAGCGCAGCGCAGGGGCAAGAGGUGGGGGAGCAGAGCACAGGAGAGUCCGUGGAGAGCGAUCAGGACGCCUCUGUUGACGCGCGCAAGGCCGCAGAGGCCGCACGCACGCGUGCCACAAUUGAGGCAGACAUCUGGAGAGUUCCGGAAGGAACUAAGCACCAUUUCAUUGACAUCGUUCUAAGGCUGCCUCAGCCGCUGUCCCCGUUGCCAGCUACAUCGUGCGACUCGAUUCCAUUAUUCGACGAUGACGAGCCGUCGCGCGGCGCAGAUGCCGAGGACCUAUUGGCUGAAUUCGUAGAGGGCUUCGCUCUUCCUCACAUGACGACUCUUCGAGAGUUCCACACUUUCUGCGCGCGAAACCGGCAGUUCGUUCACAAGCUCCCCGUCCAGGCGCAGGCGCAAGCGGCUGCCAGCGGAGAGAGCCGAGGCAGUGCGGAGGUCUGCGCGCCCGGCGUUCGCUCCUUCCAGCAAGAGAUGCGCGAGAUCAGGCAGGGUCUGACGCUGACAGACUACACAGACAACAGCCUGAGAGACCUGCCCUACCUGCGCACAGCCUGGGUGAAUCUCGACGAGUGGAAGCGUCCCGUCCGGCGGCUGCUCCUGGGCAAGCAAGCCAAGAAGUCGACGCCAUGCGAGCAGUGGGCUGAGGAGAGUUGUAUUGACUACGAUCGUGAUAGCGACGAGGAGUGGUUCGAGAACUUCGAUGUGGAUGACUUGGAUGAGGGAAAAGACGAAGAGGAAGAAGAGGAACCAGAGGGAGAGGAAGACAAAGACUGGCUGGUGGAAGACGACGAUGAAGCAAGCGGAGCGGGCCGCUCGGGCUUCGGCCACUCAGUGCGCUUUGAGUCUCUCUGCGACUGGCAGUGGUUCUUCGAGGGAGAAGAGAAAGCCAAUGCUCGCGGUGAAGGCGUGGAUCCGUGGGUCGUCCAGACUGUCCGAGACCGCAACUGGGCAAGCAUCUAUGGAUGCGUUGUGGAUGAUUGGGGCGGGAAGCCGUUCGAGAAGUUGGAGGCGGCCCUUGCCGCGACGACACAGAGGAAAAAAAUGACAGAGGAAGAACUCUGCAGUUUGUUCAAGUUCUGUCAUGCGAAGAAGGACUCGAAAGUAAAGCUCAUCGCCGAUUUCCACAAACUAAACAAACAUUUAACAAAAGCCGAUCUGGAGCGCAGGUUCAAGGAGCAGCUUGUUUACGAAAGACGACCAGAGGACAAGUUGAAGCGGUGGUAUGUUUCAGCCGAAGCGAUGGAAGCAUACAGUCUGAAGGAGGAGCUAGACGCAAUAGCAGCUGCAAUAAGAGCCGAGGAGUCAGCCGCUCAGUUGACCUCUGCUCAGCAGGCGACAGAGGCCAUUCCGGCCACGAACAGCGCCGACGGUAGCCGACCACAAGCGACAGCAAACGCAACUAGCUCUUCGCAGGCGCCAGAGUCGCCUACUUCUACCGCGGAGUCACCUUCUGGAGGGGCUACUACGGCGGACGGAGCCGCGAGGAAGGGUGGCGGCUCUUUGUCACCUGGUGCGGUCAGCGGUUCUUCUGUCUCAGUCCACAUUCUGCGGCAGGCCCCUGCUGAAAUGAGUGCGAACAACACCAAGAAAGCACGAACGCAAGGUGCUGGCUUGAGUGACACCUUGACUGAAGCUUCGGUAGCUUCACAAAACACAAAUACGCAAGAGAGUCAAAGUUCCGUGUCUCCCGGAGCAGCAACAUCUGCUCGAGGAGAGGUGAGCAGCGCCAGCUCCAAGGGCAGACUGGCAGGCCCACAAUCCAACCCGGGCGCAGGCGAUAUGCCAACCAGUUGCGUACAGUCUGAUCCGUUCCGCGAGCUGGAUCCCUUUGCUUCCGCAACUGCCACAGCACUGGUGGCCGCCUCUUCUGCACGAGCUGCCGCUGCUACUGCUGUUCAACCAGCCUGCGGAGGCGGUGCCGCGUCUGCCGCCCAUGUUGCCGCUGCUGCGAUGGCAGCGGCUGCGCUGGCAAGGGAGAUGGCCGCCUCCAUGGCAGAUGCAGCGGAGAUGACCGAAGCCCUUACCUCUAGUAAUGACAAGAAGAUCGUGAGGACCUUGCCAACAGCAGUGGAUGAGAAGGGGCAGAAUUAUGUGCGAAGCCCUACUGCUACGUCCGGCGGGUCUCGCUGCGUAGCUGCAGCAGAUGCUGUGGGGCCGAGGGAGGGGGCAGACGCUGUGUGCGGAGAUGGCGGUGAGACGCCUCGGCACGCGAAGAAAAGCGAUAGUGGAUGUGACGAGAUAGAGGACGUUAGCGCGGAGGAUGCGCCUGUCUGGGGAAAACGGCGGCGAAGCGAUGGCGCAGAGGAAGGGUCGGGAAGCAGCUCAUCGCCAGGGAGUUCUGUAGGCACCACGAAGAAGACUAAACGGGCGUCAGCAGGGCUGAUAGCAGGUUCGGCACCUGUAAAAGGGUCCAAUUUGAAAAAUACGCUAAUCACCCAAUUUUUCAGGGCCGUACCGCCUGGCGCAAAACGUUCAGCCGAGGACGCAACGGAAACGCCGUCGUGA